UUUGGAGGCCGAGUUGCAUACUCCGUCAUGACCUUGGGAUUUGGGGCAUCUACAACUGCGCGGAAAUCUAUAUCUUUACAGCUGCAACGAAUUGGCGAAAAGUUAUGCUUUGUUGGUUCUUUUGUGUGCAUUUGCUUCUCCUUUUACUUCUAUGCUGUGUUACCUUCCGCCAUUUUGUACAUGUUCUCCGUGGUUUUCCUCUUCUCAAUGGUUGUGAGGACCAUACACUAUCGAAAAGCGAACUAUCUGCUGUUCAUUUUAGAUAUGUGCUAUAUUAUAAAUAUUCUUUCUUUGGUUUUCGUCUGGGGCGUCCCAACCUGCCAUACAAUUCAAAUGAUACAGUUUGGUCUAGCCAACUCGCAUGCUUAUUCCGGAGUCUUCGUGUACCGAAAUGCUUUGGUGUUGCACGACUUCCAAAAACUUGUGUCAUGCUUUAUCCACGUGCUACCAGUUCUGUUUUCCUACCUAGUUCGAUGGUAUCCGAGUGAAACAUCUCUUGGAUGGUACACCAAAUUCCGUGAACCACAGACAAAGCGAGACUUUUUCGCAUGGAUUCACGACCUGAAUUGGAUAUAUCUGGUGGUGAUCCCUCUGUGCAUGUUCGUCGCUCGUGAGGUGUUGUAUUACAGCAUCAUCUACGGCUGCGUCAAACCAAGUGAAAAGCACUUAGAUGCCUACCGUUACAUGCGAAAAAAGCGCAUACUCGCGAAGUUGUUUUGGGAUCGUUUCCACGACAGAUGGCAUUUAUUCAUUUGGAUAUUCAUCGGUAUCGCAUCAAGCGCUGUUCUUUUGUGCGUAAGCGUCGUCGCCUGGUGCAGUCAGCUAUUUCACAGUUGCAUGCUUGUCGUUCAGCUGCUUGUUCUAUGUUGGAACGGGGCCUGCUACUACGUGGAUUACUACUCUAUCGAGAUUCAGCGCCGAAUGCAGGCUCAGCUGAGCAAAACAGAGGGAAACGGUGAAUGUUACAGCGGCCACGCAGUGACCUGCCACCGCGCUGACGAGGCGACCGGUUUACUCGUUCCAUUUCUACCCAGUGCUCAACAUCCCACUGCUCUUCACUCCGAGAGCAACUCUGACGGCCCAGUUUGCUUACCGAAACACUCCAUCCUGAAGGUUGACACGGAUGGUCAUUCCGGAUAA